CCUCGUCUCUCUCAUUGAUUGCUUUCGGAGCAGAGAGAAACUUAUUACCGUUACUGCAAAACAAACAAGCUCUGAUUCAUUGCUUCAAUGGCGAUUCUUUAGCCACUUCUUCACGUUUCCGCAUUUCCCGAGAUUAGGAACUGUUCAAGUUUCGAGAAGAAACAGCGCGAGAGGGGGGAAAAGGUUCUACAGUUCAGAUCUGGAAAGUAGCGAGCUGCUGAAGAUCCACACGAGAGAGAAAAAACAUUACAAGGAGAAACAGCUCGUUUUUCCAAUGAGAUUCAUGGAAGCUCGAAGGAUUUUCCUGUGGACUUUCUGUUUGGGUUUGAUUUUCUCGGUAGGAAAUGCAGACCCAGUUGAAGAUAAGCGCGCAUUGCUCGAGUUUCAGACCAUCAUGAACCCGACACGGACACUGAACUGGAACGAGAGCUCCCCUGUCUGUAAUAUCUGGACCGGAGUCACUUGCAGUCAAGACGGAUCACAGAUCAUAGCCGUUAGAUUGCCCGGAGUUGGACUCAAUGGUCAGAUUCCUCCGAACACGAUAAGCCGUCUCUCGGGUCUCAGAGUCCUCAGUCUCAGAUCCAACCAAAUCGCCGGUCAGUUUCCGGCAGAUUUCGUCAACUUGAAGAACUUGUCGUUUCUUUACCUUCAGUUCAACAACUUCACCGGUCGUUUGCCGGAAGAUUUUUCCGUUUGGACGAAUCUCACGAGUGUUAAUCUCGCCAACAACGGGUUCAAUGGUACCAUCCCGGAUUCUCUCUCCGGUCUGAAAGAUCUCCAGUCGCUGAAUCUUGCAAACAACUCGCUUUCUGGGGAGAUUCCCGAUCUGGGUCUCUCUGGUUUGCAGCACAUUGACCUGUCCAACAACAACCUUACCGGCUCCAUACCAAAGUCACUCCAGAGAUUCCCGACAUCGUCUUUUGCGGGCAAUGCUGGAAUUUCGUCAAGCGAAACCGACACUCCUCUGGUUCCAUCAUCUAGUGCUCAGCCUCAUCUGAAACCUAAAGCCCGUCUUCUGGGGAUAAACCGGACAGCAUUCUUAUUGAUCGUUGUUGUGGUUGGUGUUGUAGUAGUUGCAGUGUUGGGAUUUGUGUUGAUCCUUUGUUGCUCAAGAAGGAGGAAGUUAAGAGGUGAUGAGGUUUCGGAUAAGCUGCAGAAAGGAAACAUGUCGCCGGAAAAGGUGGUGUCCCGGAUGGAAGACAAGAACAACCGCCUGUCUUUCUUUGAGGGAUGCAACUACUCUUUCGAUCUGGAGGAUCUGUUGAGGGCAUCUGCUGAAGUUCUCGGCAAGGGAACGUUCGGUACAACGUACAAGGCUGUUCUGGAGGAUGCGACUGCCGUCGUGGUGAAGAGACUCAAGGAUGUGGGAGCUGGGAAACGAGAGUUCGAGCAGCAGAUGGAGAUCAUCGGAGGAAUUAGACACGAGAAUGUGAUGGAGCUGAAGGCAUAUUACUUCUCCAAAGAUGAGAAGCUCAUGGUUUAUGACUAUUUCAACCACGGCAGUGUCUCUUCUAUGCUCCAUGGUAACAGAGGAGAGAACAGGGUUCCUCUUGACUGGGAAACCCGGAUGAGAAUAGCCGUGGGUGCAGCCAGAGGGAUAGCCCGAAUCCACGAAGAGAACAACGGGAAAUUCGUCCAUGGAAACAUCAAAUCAUCAAAUAUAUUCUUGAAUUCUCAGGGUAGUGGCUGCGUUUCAGAUCUUGGAUUAUCGGCCGUCACCAGCCCCUUGGCUCCACCAAUAUCCCGGCAGGCUGGUUAUCGUGCUCCGGAAGUGACCGACACGAGGAAGUCUUCCCAAGCUUCUGACGUUUACAGCUUUGGCGUUGUACUGCUCGAACUGCUCACCGGAAAAUCACCCAUCCACACCACUGCCGGGGACGAGAUCAUCCACUUGGUUCGAUGGGUGCAUUCGGUGGUUCGGGAAGAAUGGACAGCCGAGGUUUUCGACAUCGAGCUUCUCAAGUAUCCCAACAUUGAGGAAGAGAUGGUGGAGAUGUUGCAGCUAGCAAUGUCAUGUGUCGUGAGGAUCCCGGACCGGCGUCCGAAGAUGUCUGAUUUGGUCAGACUCAUCGAGAGCGUCCGAAUAGUUGGUCCCAAACCCGACAGAGCAUCCGAGAGUUCAACACCUGCAGGAGCUUGAAUCGAAAAAAAAAAAUGAAGAUCUGUUUGAUUAUUUGACGUUUUUUCUAUACUACCUUGCUGCGGAUACUCUCGAGUCUCGAUAGAACUGAUUCUCUGAAAACGUUUCCUUUUCAAUUUUGAAAAUUUGACUCA